AUGACAGGAGAGCAGAGUGGAGAAUCUCGAAAGGAAUUUGUCGAGGUCAACGUUGGAAGAUGCAUCGGUCAUCCCCUCCUCGUUGGCGCUGGUUUCGCCAGCGCUUACACCGUGACCAACGUCGGAAAGUUUAUGGAAAAGAACAUUGAUCCCAUCGUCACGCCCGGCGAAUAUCGGAGCCACCUGCACACCUUUUUCGGUUCCGACGCCGUCAACGUGAACACCACCACCUCGGCGGAACUCCAGGCGGGCUGCUCCACGGCCGAGAAUCCCAACGAUUUCUCCUCCUACUGGAUCCCCAGCCUCGUCAUCCGCAACGACGACGGCUCGACAACACCCGUGCCCAUCUUCCGCUUCAGCGCCUACUACGUCGACAUCAACGCCGCCGAAGUCCCCAUCCCCCAAAACUACCGCGCCGUCGUCGGCAACGCCGCCGCCACCGCGCAGGCCGACGUGCCCAGCCUCGCGGGCCACUCGUGGUUCUGCGAGGGCGACCCGUCCGACCAAGACAAAGACCCCGCCGCGUUCCCGCGCCAGACGUGCAGCACCCACCUGCAGACCCUCCUCCUCUUCCACGACUGCGUCGACGAGACGACCUCGCGUCGGCCUACUCGGGCUAUCCGCUACGACUUGCGCAAGGCCCUCCCCGGCGGCUGGGAGGGUGCGCCGCCCUUCGAGUUGGCGUGCGGGAGCCAGUACUGCUUCCAUGGCGAUUUUAUCAACGGCUGGCUUCCUGAGGCGGCGGAGAAUAUGCUGCUGGCGAACAGUAAGAGGGAUUUUGCUGGCGUGGAUGGGCCGAAUGGUGUUUAUAAUGCUGGGAGUGUUUGUACGCGCGCGGCUGUGGAUGUGGAUCCGGAUCAUGGUACGAGCGACUUUCUCGAGGCGCGGGAUGUUGCUGAAAAGCUUGCCAACGUUCCCGUCACUGCUGAUGAUGAAGCAUCUACACCUACGACGUCAAGUGAAACCCCUACCGCGAUCCCGGUCGAUGAAACCGAGGAGACUGAUGCUGAAGAGCCAUCGGUGCCUGAAGAUGUCCAUGAAGAUGUGGUGGUCUCGACUAGCACCCAAGCAGUGGACGUUGCCGAGCCUACUGCUCCCGUUAUCGACGUACCCAUCCGGGCUAAUGCGGGAUGCUCCUCGAGAAAGGCUCGCCGAAGUCACCGAGCGAGGCGCGCUAGUAUGCUUUAG